CGCCGUUGCCUUCUGUUCUGCUUGCCUCCCAACAAUGGCUCUCCCCCUCGUCCGCCUCCUCCUCCCCUCGCUGCCCGCGUGCCAGCCGCCGCUCCGCCUUCCCGAGCACUCCGCUCCUCCUCGCCAUGGCCACGUCUCCCUCGCUCUCUCAGCCGCCGCCCGCUCCUCCGGCCACCGCGCGGCGUUCGCUAUCUGUGCUUCUAGCGCCUCGGUCGCCCCGGCGCCGGCGGAAACAGAGGCGGAGGCAGAGGAUGAGCAGCCCACGGGGCCGAAGACGCGGCUCAUCGCGAUGAACAUCCCCUGGGACUUCACGCCCGACGACAUGCGCGCUCUGUUCGAGAAGCAAGGCACCGUCGUCGACGUGGAGCUUUCAAUGUACAGCUCCAAAAAGAACAGAGGAUUGGCAUUUAUAACCAUGGGUUCCGAAGAGGAGGCUAUCUCAGCACUCAACAAUCUCAAUUUGUCUACUUUAAACGACAGAACAAUUAAGGUGGACUUUGCAAAACCUAAAAAGAAGCAACCUAUUGUGCCGUCAGCUCCCGUGGAAAAAAAUGUUGUAUUUGUGGGAAAUUUAAUGUGGAGAGUGAGAUCCCGUCAUCUGCGGGAGUUAUUUGCCUCAACUCCAGGUGUCCAAUCAGUUGAAGUUAUCUUCCAUACAACCACGCCAAGGCGAUCUGCUGGUUAUGCAUUUGUUUCCUUUUCCUCGAAAGAGGAGGCAGAGGCUGCUAUUGCUACCUUUAAUGGCCAGGAACUGAUGGGACGAGCCAUCAAUGUGAUGUUCAAAGAAGACACCGCCAAAAAGAGCAAAGCUUCUGCUUCAGAGGAAGAGAAGUUGGAGGUAGAAUCAUCUGAGGAGAGUGAUAGCUAAGAAUGGAUUGUACUGAAGAAACAAAGAAAGAAGUUUAAUGAGUUCAUCUACAGGACGAUAAUACUCCUUUUCAGGUUGGCAAGCUCCUGGUUGAUUUCACUCGUUCAGCAACUCUCGAGUCUUGAUAUACUUGCGUUUUUGUAAGUUCUCCGGUACUUGAUCUGGAUGACGUUUGGAGGUUAGUUUGAUGCUAGGAGUACGGAGAGUCUGUGAGGUGUCGACAUCGGAGUUAAUUAAUUGUAGAAUAUAAUUAAGGAGCAUUAAUGAUUUUGAGCGCAACCCGCUGACGGAUUCGAUAUAUGCAUUGUCCUUUUGCAGUGAAAAUAUAUGUAGACCUGUAUGUAAGGCUGUAACACAUUUUGGCUGUUCUUUAACUGGUAAAAUUGAGCACUUGCUAC